AAUAAGAUGUCUGGUAAUAACUGCACUGCUGUGACUGAAUUCAUUAUUUUGGGGUUAACAGAUGAUCCAAUCCUUCGUGUCAUCCUCUUUGUGAUUUUCCUAGGUGUCUACACUGUCACCUUAGUUGGUAACCUCAGCAUAAUCAUAUUGAUCAGAAAUAGCUCCCAACUUCACACUCCAAUGUACCUUUUCCUCAGCCACUUGGCUUUUGUGGAUAUUGAAAUUUCCUCAUCUGUCACCCCUCUCAUGCUCAUGAAUUACCUUGAGGACAUAACCUUAAUCCCUCUUCCAGAGUGUGUGGCCCAGCUGUGUUGUGGAGCCACCUUUGGGACAGCUGAGUGCUUCCUGCUGGCUGUGAUGGCCUAUGAUCGGUAUGUGGCCAUCUGUAGUCCCCUACUCUACUCCACCAACAUGUCUACUAGGGUCUGCACUCUGUUACUCAUUACAUCCUACCUGGGUGGUUGUGUGAAUGCUUGGAUCUUUACUGGUUGCUUAUUGAACCGGUCCUUCUGUGGACCCAAUAAGAUCAAUCACUUUUUCUGUGAUUAUUCACCACUUUUGAAGCUUUCCUACUCCCAAGAUAAUCUUGCUGAAAUUCUUCCUCCCGCCUCUGCUGGGUCAGUAAUUAUGAUCACAGUGUUAAUUAUCAUAAUCUCUUAUGCAUACAUCCUCUUCUCUGUGCUGAAGAUAAGAUCCACUGAAGGGAGAUCUAAAGCUUUCUCUACUUGUACCUCUCACCUCACAGCAGUCAUUCUGUUCUAUGGGACCCUUACAUUCAUUUAUAUGAUGCCUAAAUCCAGCUACUCAACGGAUGAGAAUAAAGUGGUGUCUCUUUUCUAUACUGUAAUGAUCCCCAUGUUGAACCCCCUGAUCUACAGUUUAAGGAAUAAUGAAGUAAAGGGAGCACUAAGGAAAAUGAUGAGUAGGAAACAUCUGUUUUCAUAA